AAUUAGUUUGUUGAUUAACGUCGAAGUAAUUUUUAAAGUCAGCUGAUUCAAACCUAUGGAACAGCUGUUUUGUUUGCUGUUAUUGUUAUGGUUCAGUCUCAAAAUAGAUGCUAUUUCAAAGGACGGGCGAAAAUGUGGGAAAUCUUCAAAAUGACAGUAUGAAUCUGUCUAAUCGAUCCAAGCAUGAGGUGUUUUUAUUUUAAGAAAACUGGAUUGUUUUUGAAAUCUUGGACGGGUUCAAUGAUAUGGAUGAGAAUACUACUUCUGGAAGAUAAAUCAUGUUAAAAAAAAUUAGAAAAAUGGCAAAGAUUUGCAAAGUUCUGUCUGAAGAAGACGCCAUCAUUAAUAGAAAACUACCCAAAGAACUUUUGCUGAGGAUAUUUUCAUAUCUAGAUGUAGUAUCAUUAUGUCGAUGUGCUCAAGUUUCAAAGGCUUGGAAUAUACUUGCACUAGAUGGCAGCAACUGGCAGAGAAUCGACCUGUUUAACUUUCAAACUGAUAUUGAAGGAAUUGUUGUGGAAAACAUUUCAAAACGAUGUGGAGGCUUCUUAAAGAAGUUAAGCUUGAGAGGUUGUCAAAGUGUAGAAGAUGCAGCUCUUAAGACUUUUGCACAAAAUUGUAAUCACAUUGAGGAACUGAACUUAAAUGAUUGCAAGAAGUUAACUGACAGUACUUGUCAGCAUCUAAGUAAGUUUUGCCCAAAACUGCUUCAUCUAGAUAUAGGAUCAUGUUCUCAGAUGACUGAUGCAUCCCUCAAAGCCAUUGGGGAAGGAUGUCCGAAUAUGGAGCAUGUCAAUUUUUCAUGGUGCGACCAAGUCUCAAUGGCUGGAGUAGAAGCAUUAGCUCAGGGAUGUCGAAAAUUAAAAGUUUUUCUUUGUAAAGGUUGUUCCUUGAUUGGGGAUGAUGCUAUUAAGGAGUUAACAAAAUUUUGUCCAGAUCUUCAAGUUAUUAACUUAUUAGGGUGCAAUAGUAUUACUGAUGAAUCUGUGCAAUAUAUCAGCCAAAGGUGUCCUAAAGUUUACUAUUUGUGUCUUUCUAAUUGUGCUCAUCUCACUGAUACCUCUCUGAUAGCCUUGGGACAAGGCUGUCACUAUCUCAAAACAUUAGAGGUAGCUGGUUGCUCUCAAUUCACUGACGGCGGAUUCCAAGCUCUUGCUAAAAAUUGCCACUUUUUAGAAAAAAUGGAUUUAGAAGAGUGUGUUUUGAUUACGGACAAUACACUUUGCUAUCUUGCAGCUGGCUGCCCACGGUUACAAAAAUUAUCUCUAUCCCAUUGUGAGUUGAUAACCGAUGAGGGUAUCAGGCAUCUCGGUACUAGUGCUUGUUCAUCUGAGCAAUUAUCUGUCUUAGAAUUGGAUAAUUGUCCACUUAUUUCUGACCAGUCUUUGGAUCAUCUAAUAACAUGUCAAAAUCUUGAGAGAAUAGAACUUUAUGACUGUCAACUUAUUACUAGACCUGGAAUUAGAAAAUUGAGAGGUCAUCUUCCAUCAAUUAAAGUCCAUGCUUACUUUGCUCCGGUAACACCCCCACCGUCAGCCGGAGGUGGCAGACCACGUUAUUGUCGAUGUUGUGUCAUAAUCUGAAGAAUGACCACUACAUUUAUUUUAUUCUAUUCAUAUGGGCAUAAAGCAAAAUCAGUAUGCUUUAUUUCCUAUUUAUGCCUGAUUUAUUUUAGAUGCAUAUUAUUGACAUAAGAAGACUUGAUUAUGACUUUUAAAUUUAACUGCUUUACAUUUUGUUUUUAUAAGUUUGGUACAAGCAACCAUGAAAAAUAUUUGCUUUGUGUUCCUCACAGCAUUUCAUUUGAAAAUUUUAUCAAUCAAUGAAAUUAACAACUUAUAUUUAUUUUGUCAAUUUAUUUUGAUUGACUUUCAGUAUCUAACAUUGCAAAACCGUGAUUGUUUGAGUUGAAUUUAUCCUAAUCUAUGUCACUAUUUGAAAUAAUAAUAAAAAAUUUAAAAAUGACUAUAAAAGCUAUGCUGUCAUUUAAUCAUGUUCUUUGUGAUGUAUAAGAAAAUAUUUGUGCAACAUAAUGAGUUUUGAUUUUACAGUAUUUUAAGUUUUGUUUUUGAAUUAAUAAAAUAUGCAUUUAAUAAUCAUGCAUAUAUUGUUUAAUGAAAUAAUAGUUUUUUUAAAUAAUGAUUGAGCUCAUAUUAUGGUGAAUUAGAUUAUGUAAUCAAAUCUUAACUGUGUUGAUAUUUUUUUAAAUAGUUUUUGUUUGUUCUUUACGCUUGAAAAAUUGCUGAUUUAUAUAGUUUUAGGAAAAGCUAAUCUAAAUCAAUAUUUUAUGAAAUUGAAAUAUUUCUUAACCAAAAUUUUAACAUUAACUCUUAAAAAAUCAAAAUUUUGUAAUUGUUUUUUAACAAGUAAUAUUUCUUGCAGAAAUAUCAUCCAAUAUUUAGUAAUUUUUUUUAUUCAUUUAGUAAACUAAAAACUGAUUGAUAUUGGUUUUAAAAAAAAUUUUGUUUUUGAUUUCAAUAAAAAUGUCUCCUUACAGUAGAAAUCACCUUCAAUUACUAAAUUUAUUUUUUAUAGUUCUGUAAAGAAAAUCAUAGUUAAUUUUUUUUAAAAUAAUUUAUGUAACAAGUAUCUAAUAAAUUAGUUAUUUAUACGUACUAAAUUAUAAAAUUAAAGUAACUAGAAUGCUAUAUAGAAGUUAUGAGUUCUAUAUGAUAAUCAAUCUUUAAGUUCUUAUUUAUGUUUCUUCUCAUUGUUAUACACUUUUUCGUGCACAAAUUCUUUAUUGGGACCACUUGUAGAGUAUUGGGAAUUGUAAAAAGUGCUACAAAAUGUGUAUAGGUAGAGAUAUAUUAACUUGUUUAAAAUCUUUCAUAGACUGUGAUUAUUGUAUCGAAUAUAAUGCUAACAAAUUACAAAAGCCGAAAAUUAAAUUUCAUUCACAGCUGCUUUAAAUUGCAUUAAAGGAAACUUACAACUUAUGUGUGUUUAGCAUGUAGUGUCCAAGACUUUAUAAUUAAAACAAAUUUCUUCAUCUAUUUCUUGUUUCAAAAUUCUGAUACUAAAUUAUUCUCUUUUUUUCCCCUUUUUUCUAACAAGUUGAUAUAAACUUCAAAGAAUUCUUUUAUGGGCAAAAAAAUUUUUAGACCUCAAACAUUCUAAAUUUAUCGAGUGUUCUUAUAUUGAACAUUUAAUAUACUAUUUUAUUUGAAACAUAAAACAGUAAAAAUAAAUUCGGUUAGAACUUAUUUCAAAUUGAUAUGUUAGCAACUUUAUAUGUCUUUUAUUUUUAGCAAAGUUUUCAUACUAGGGAAUGUAAAUUGUCUAAUUGUAAAUUGAUGUAUAUAAUAGAGGUUAUUUUUACUAAUUAUUUUUUUCAAAUUCACAAAAAUAGUCUCAUUCCUGUAUUAUUAAUGUACUGAUUUUUCAGGAUUAAUUAUUCCCACUAAUUGUUUAAUCAAAUUAUUAUUUAUUUAUUCGAAACAAUUACUUUUAAAGUUCAUUGUGCUAGUUAGUAGUCUGUGUUCUUACAGCAUUUCUAAAAAAGUAAUUGUGAUAAAAUGAAAUUAGCAUUUUGUUUUUUUGUUUAAAUAUUUUGGGGAAGAUGGUAGUUUAAGAUUUUUACUUAGGCACCAUCUUAUGCAUAUAAAUAUGUAUACAACCAAACUUCAAUAAUGCAAAUUUUUUGUUAUUGUGAAAAAAAUAGUUACCAAUGCAUUUUUAAAAAAAUUUCUUUUUCUAAUUUCUGAAAGAUUGUAAUUUUAUUUUUUUCCGUCUGAACUCUGAGUUCUAAAGACUGUUCUUGCAUAAUUUUAUAUACUUUUUCUUGAAAGUGUAAUAAGAAAGAAAUAGAGAAGUUUUAAAAACGUUUCCUUGAUAAUCCGUUCCUAGAGAAGCGGACGUGUAAAAUGUGUGUGCAUAAAUAAGAAGAUUUGCCCAUAAAAUUGAUAAUUUAAAGGAAACUGAAACUUAAUGUGUACAGUAAUGAUAAUGUAAUAGUAUGGUAACAGUUAACGAUAAUGUGGACAGCAUGUAAUAUUUGGCAAGAAUAAAAAAUAUUCAAAGACGUUAUAGCAUUAGGGAGGUAUUAGAAGCAAAAGAAUUUCAGCAAAACGUAAAUUUAAAUGAUUACACAGAAAUUAUCUGGUUAUUUGAAGUAAAUACAACAAAAUCUCAGUAUGGUUAUUAUUUUGACUAAAAUGUAUAAAGCUUUACAAUUUUCGAUAUUACAAAAUUUCAGUAUAUUGUGAUAUCAAUAUUUAAUUGUAUAUUAUAUAUAGAUAUAUAUGUAAUAGAGGACUUGUACUGUAUAUUAAUAAAAAAAAUCUUACUUGUUUUAUUCUGUUAUUUAUUUACAAAUUUAUUUCGUUUAGUCAUAUGAUUUCUUAAUUAAUAAAGUUCUAACUUUACAAUUUAUAGUUUUUUAAAAAUUCUUGUUAAGUAAUGAUUGCCACAUUUUUUAUACCAUCUUCCGUAUUGAUCUGCAUUUUCGUUUUUUAACCAAAACAGUGCUGUUAUUUAUAUAAUUAAAAGUUAUCUAUGUUAUUUUGUAUAUUUCUUAUUAUUUUGCUUACAAUAUUUGGAUGUCUGAAACAAAAGUUUUAUGUAAAAUUUUUUUCCUAACUUCAAUCGCAAAUAUAAUUUUUUUUUGUACUUCUAGUUAUGAUUUCUCCUCAUUUUUUGAUAAAUUAUAAUUGCAAGAGCUUAUAAUUAGGGAAACAUUAAAUUUGUUUAUAUGCAUAUGUGUGUUACAGUCAAAAUGAUAAUUCAAAUUAUUAUUAAUAAUGGCCACAUCUUAAGGUAAAUAUGAUAAAGUACAUUAACCAGUCAGUCUUAAUACAUAAAAAAAAGUUGCUAGUUAUUGAUGAUUUCUGGUUAGUGCAAUUAAUUCUCUUAAACUAUUCACUUCAAUUCGCUUAUUUGGUUAUUAUUAAUAAUCCUUGUUAUUGCUCACAAUAAACGAAUAAUCACAUUGGUGCUUAACCACUGAUCCAAGUAAUGUAUCAAUAAUGCGCUGCCCUCUGUGUAUUUACACGGAAAUUCUGUUUUCAAAAAACAUCAGUGUAGAGAAUACUGAGCUAGUGUAUUUAUUGUGCAGCAGCUAGUUAUUGCAUUUAUUUCAUUGGCAAUUAUUAAUAACAUUUGGUAAAUGAAGCAAAUUUUCAUAAAUGAAUUACUUUAACUGGCAUAUUUAGUUAUUACCAUUAAUCUGUGGUUAUAAUAACUGAUUAAUCAUAUUGACCGUAACAGAUAUAGAUAUAGGCAAAAAAUAUAAUAAAUCUAGGUUUGAAAAUUAACAAUCUGCUAGUGUUUGACUAGUAGUUUCUUAGUGAUUGAGUACUCAACCUUUGAUCUAUAUCUACUGGUAAUGUUCCCAGUUUACCAAGAAAUAUUAACGAAAUAUAUUUAAUCAAUGCCUAAUGGUAAACUUUUGUAUGUCUUUCAUGAAAUGACUCCUUACAAACUUAAUAUACAUAAUCAGCUAAGCUUUAUAUUAAGUUGCAUAAGUAAAUGUAUGAAAUGAUGAUUUACAUGUUUCAACUGAAUCUCAGUGUAUGAAAUAUCCUUAAUAUAUGUAUUUAAAAUGAAUGCUUGUAAACAAGUUAUGAAAACAUAUAUACAUAUGCAAUUUAUUUAGCUGAUAAAUGGAGUACAUUUUCACUCUAUUUUAAAGGGUUUUCGUUGGUUCCCCUGUUGUAAUCAACUAUUUGUAUAAUUUUGCUAAUUUUUAUAUCAUUAUUAUGCUGUGUAUAUAUAUAUUACUUAAUAAUUAUCUUGGUAUUCAGAUGUUACAUUAUUUAAUUUGUGAAUGCUUCCUGUGAAGCAUUAAUGUGCACUGGUUGUCAGAUUUUAACUUGGAAUUUCGUAAAUAAAUUUACUAUAAAAACUA